UCUUGGUUUUUCCUCAUUUGCACAGCAGCACAGCUCACUCUCUGCUUCCUACACCUUCCUUCCUCAUCACUUUAUUUGUGGGUUAAGAGAAGUCUUAAUGCAAACAGAAGAUGCUGUUUAAUAGGAGGAAUUUUGUCACUAUUGUAAAACUGGCAAGAACCAGCAAGCAGCUGCUGCGACAGUUUGGGUAUGGGACACCAGCUCCAAUGAAUGUUGAUCUGAAAGGUCGGGACCUCCUUACUCUACAGAACUACACAGCUGAUGAACUGAAGUAUUUGCUGUGGAUGGCAUCAGAUUUGAAACAAAGGAUAAAGCAUAAAGGAGAGUAUUUGCCUUUGAUGCAAGGCAAAUCUUUGGCCAUGAUUUUUGAGAAGAGAAGCACAAGGACAAGAUUAUCUGCAGAAACAGGAUUUGCUCUCCUUGGAGGACAUCCUUCCUUCCUUACAACACAAGAUAUACAUCUGGGCACUAAUGAGAGUCUUACAGAUACAGCAAGGGUGCUGUCCAGCAUGACAAAUGCAAUCUUGGCUCGGGUUUAUAAGCACAAUGAUCUGCACCUAAUGGCAAAAGAAGCCACGAUCCCAAUAAUCAAUGGAUUGUCCGAUUUAUACCAUCCUCUUCAGAUUUUAGCUGAUUACCUAACUCUUCAGGAGCACUAUGGAGGCCUGAAGGGGCUCACCAUCGCCUGGGUCGGGGACGGCAACAACGUCCUGCAGUCCUUCAUGACGAGCGCAGCGCAGCUGGGGAUGCACCUGAGGAUCGCCACCCCCAGGGGCUUUGAACCAGACCUCAGGAUAACUAAAAUAUGUGAACAGAACUCCAAAGAGCAUGGUACCAAGUUACUUCUCACAACAGACCCUUUGGAAGCUGCAGACAGUGCCAAUGUCUUAGUCACAGACACAUGGAUAAGCAUGGGACAAGAAGAGGAGAAGAAAGAAAGAUUAAAGGCCUUUCAAGGUUAUCAGAUUACAAUGCAGACUGCAAAAUCUGCUGCUUCCAACUGGACUUUUUUACACUGUUUACCCAGAAAGCCUGAAGAAGUUGAUGAUGAAGUAUUUUAUUCUCCACAGUCAUUGGUUUUCCAGGAGGCUGAAAACAGAAAAUGGACAAUUAUGGCUGUCAUGGUUUCCCUGCUGACAGAUUACUCACCACAGCUACAAAAACCCACAUUUUGACGCUUGGAUUCCUGCCAGGAGAAAAAUAUUCCUCAUCAGCAGAAUAUUCUGGUCUGUAAACACAUAGAUCUUCUUCAGAAAGGACCAAGGCAAUGAGUGAUUUUUUAAAUAAAACCAUAUAGUUAGCU